GACUUUUUAUUCCUACAGCAAGAAAAUAAAUUAUAAAAACAAGCCAAAUUGGGUUUAAAUUUGCAUUGUUCUAGUGAUUAACCGAACCCAAUGAAAAUUUAUGAGAUGCGAAUUGAUUUUAGAGUCAAAACCAAUCCAGUACAUAUAUUGCCUUUCCUCAAAAGCCACAACGACGAGCUUUUAAAUUGGCAUGGUUCUGGUAACUUAACCGAACCGAAUCUUGAAUUUUAAUGAGACACGAGUUGGUUAUACAGUUAAACCGAGUUCGUUAUAAUUGCCUUCCCUCCAUAAAACAGAGCAAAACCUAACGAUAAAAGAAAAAACCUUUCAAGAAAUGGCUGGCGAUCUCUUCCGCCGUAACAGACCUUUCCAUCUCCUCGAUGGUUUCUACACCGAAUGGUCCGAACACCUAACCACGCGCUGCAUCCCUCUCUUCCGUGAUUCUCCUCCUUCCGCCGUCACUAACGGCGCCGUCUUCAACGACUUAAUCUCAUACUACGACACUAUAGACCACUACGCGAACAGAGACACCAUCUUCUACUUCCUCUUCCCCUCGUGGCACGUAAACUCGCUCGAGACCUCGAUCCUCUUCCUCGGCGACGUCCACCCUCAUCUUUUCAUCAGUCUCAUCCAAUCUUUGAGAGAUCCGAAUCGCAUCCACUUACGUCUUGCCCCGUGGAGAGACUUAGCGUUUCCGGUGAACCACUUCGUCGAUGACGUCAAGAACGAUGUUAACGAGAGUGUCUCUCGUCUGCUGAGUAAGGUGAGGAAAGCGCAGGAGGGUUACAUACAAGGCUUCUCGGAUAACUGGGUCUCGUGGUUUCAUUCUCAGCGUGGGAGACAGAGUGUGACGGUUAUGGAGACAGCGGCUUCAGUGACGUUGGGUGAGGAGUUUGUGAGAAUCUUCCGUGAAGCGAAUCAGCUGAGGAAGAUUACGAUCGUCAACAUUGUUAAUUUAUCAGACGUGAAUCAAGCGGCUCUCUUUCUUGAAGGCGUAUGCGAGUUUCUUGCAGGGUUUAGACAUCAGCUUGCACAUGUACCGGCUCAGUUUUUUCCUAACCAGGUUGCACUACAGUAUCAACUUGCUUAUCAGCAAAUGAUGCAGCAGCAGCCUGAAGUGUUACACGAUAUAUGCGUUUGGAACAUAGACCGGAAUGUCACGCGUGAUAUGCUACGAGAGAUGUUCAGACGUUAUCCUUCGGUUAGGGAGGUACAGAUUGUGAAUGACCCUGGACGUGGCCAAAAACAUGGCUUUGUUAGCUUUGCAGAUGAAAGUGAGAAAUGGCGUGCUAUUCAGGAAAUGAACGGUGCUAUGCUUUUAAAAAAGCCAAUGCAUCUUCGUAGUGAAGCUCACCGCAAUAUCUAGCCUCACUUUCCUUCACUAUAUACUUGAUGUUGAUACUAAUUAAAGCGGUUAAUUUCUAGAGUCAGUCUCUUUGUUUUUUGUAAAGGAUUUACUUCUCUCUUAUGCCUUAAUCUGUAAACUGAACCAGAAGAUUUUAUGAAGUGAGGAUUUGUUUCAGUUACCAUUUUAGACAUAAUCUCCUUCAUAUGGGCUCAGGGUAGCUUUGUGGAAAAAAUUAUG